AUGUCAUCGCUUUCAGUUCGUUUUCUUACACCACCUUUGUCACACGCAACUCCAAGCUCCUCUGCAAGACAAAGACUCUUCGCUGGACCCCCCACAGUGGCUCAGCCAGUGGAUGCAGGGAGGUUGGAACCAAGAGUGGAUGAGAGGGAUGGAUACUAUGUGUUGAAAGAGAAGUUUAGACAAGGGAUUAAUCCUCAAGAGAAAGUGAAGAUAAAGACAGAGCCAAUGAAGCUUUUCAUGGAAAAUGGGAUUGAGGAGCUAGCUAAGUUGUCGAUGGAAGAGAUUGACAAAGAGAAGAGCAGUAAAGAUGAUAUUGAUGUUAGACUCAAGUGGCUUGGUCUCCUUCACAGAAGGAAGCAUCGACAUUGUAGAUUUAUGAUCAGAUUGAAGUUACCAAAUGGGGUAACAACAAGUGCACAAACAAGAUACCUGGCGAGUGUGAUAAGGAAAUAUGGGAAAGAUGGUUGGGCAGAUGUGACAACUAGACAAAACUGGCAAAUCCGUGGCGUGUUGCCUGAUGUGCCAGAAAUACUAAAGAGUCUUGCAGAAGUUGGCUUGACAGGUCUGCAGAGUGGCAUGGACAACGUUAGAAACCCUGUGGGGAAUCCUCUUGCUGGGAUUGAUCCAGAUGAGAUUGUUGAUACCGGGCCUUAUACCAACUUGCUGUCUCAAUUUAUCACCUCCAAUUCUCGUGGCAAUCCUGCUUUCACUAACUUGGAAGUUUCCUCACUUCUAUAUUAAUGUGAU